ACCUUGGAUAAUUAUAAACACCCAAAGAUUAGUGAAGGUUUUUUUGUGAGCCAUGCCAUAUAGGUCUUAACAAAACAACCUACAGGUUUGUAUACCUUGUAAAAAUGUUACAUAGUUACAAAAAUGAGGGAUUAUGCAUCAUCUAUUGAUUAAUGUCUGCCCCUAAAACAUUUUACCCUGGACGGGGAAUCAAAUGCACUUGGUUUACAAAUGAACGGCAGGAUCCUUCGGUAAAGAAGUCACACCAGCUCCAAAACAAAUUUCUUGUAAAUAACCAAUAUUCCAUCCAUACCUCACUUGUAUAAAGCCUCCCCCACAAGUUUGUACAGCUGCAUCUCAGAACUAAAGAUUACAGGAAUCCAAUAUUCCUGAAUUUGAUAGAUAUGGACUCAACCAGGAUCCAACUCUUUCUUUUAGUUGUAAUGCCAUUGUUUUUCAUGACACUGUCAUCAGCCGACGCAGCCCCAGGAAACUCGAAGCUCUUCAGGGAAUAUAUAGGAGCUGAGGACAAGGGUGUCACAUUCUCCGAUGUACCGAUAGAUCCCCGAGUCGAGUUUCACUUCAUCCUCUCCUUUGCUAUUGACUACACACCAAUUUCCCAUGCAAAACCCACGGAUAGCAGAUUCAACUUCACAACACCCUCCCAUCCAAAACCCACCAAUGGCAAGUUUAAUGUGUUCUGGGACACAAAGAAUCUAAGCCCUUCUCAUGUUUCCGCUAUUAAGGCCAGUCAUCCAAAUGCUAAAGUCGCCGUGAGUCUUGGAGGAGAUACCGUAAAAGGUAAACAGAGCGCAUACUUCAGUCCUACAUCAAUCAAUUCUUGGGUCAAAAAUGCUAUCUCUUCAAUAGUUCAGAUAGUGAAAGAAUACAAGUUGGAUGGAAUUGAUAUCGACUAUGAACACUUCCAGACAGAUCCCAAUACAUUUGCUGAAUGCAUUGGGCAACUGUUAUCCCACCUUAAGCAUAAUAAUGUUGUGUCUUUCACAUCCAUUGCACCAUAUGACAAUGAUUCUCUGCGGCCAUAUUACUUUACAUUGUGGAGGAAGUAUGGGCAUCUCAUCGACUAUGUUAAUUUUCAGUUUUAUGCGUAUAAUAAGGGCACAACAAUAACUCAGUUUAUGAAACAUUUUGAGACCCAGAGCUCAAAUUACAAAGGUGGCAAGGUUCUAGUGAGCUUCGGAACAGAUAAUAGUGGGGGCCUGUCUCCUAGAAAUGGGUUCUUUGAGGCUUGUGGUAGGCUUAGAAGUCAGGGGAAGCUUCAUGGCAUUUUCAUUUGGUCGGCAGAUGACUCUAAGAAGGCUGACUUUCGUUAUGAGAAGAAAUCACAAGAAUUCCUUGUUAGCUAGAAACCCUUUUUUCCUUUUUAGUUCUUUAUUUGUUGUUAUUGUGUUCAUCUAAGCAAGCAGGUACUAUGCAGAAAACUUAUACACCAUUACUUGUAUUUAUAUAUAUGAGGAAUUGGACAAGGUUGCAAAUGUGCACCUCAACCAAAGCAGGAAUACCUGAACUGGAGAACAUAUCUGUACUCCUAAUUGAAUAAUUUGUAUGUAAAACUCUUCAGCUUUGUAGUAUACAGUACCAUUUCUUUUUAUUCCAAUGAGCUAGCAUAAAGGUAAGAACCGAAAUGAAAUAUUCAAAACCAAACUAAGUAAGAACGUAAAUGAGCUAGUAGAAGGUAAGAACCGAAAUGAAAUAUUCAAAAGCUAACCAA